CGUACCGACACGAUCGUGCGUCGAGGUACCACACAACUGGGUUGGUUCACAAAUUGGUGCCGUUCACGUUCUUCGAGUGCCGUGUCCGUUCUUUCUGUGUCUGCGGGUUCCGAGAAUCGAAUCGAAAUGAAUAAGGCGGGUGGUGCAAUGCUUGGUAGUACCAUCAUGGUGAUGGCUUGGACGGGGGUGUACUUCUCAAGGCAACCCAGGGCGGUGAAGGAUAACGACGUCGGGUUCCAAAACGAGACGAACUCUCAGUACUUUUACGGGAUCGAAAACAGCGAAGUUAAUAUGACCGACGACGAGGUUGACGUUGACUUUGCUAGGAGGGACAAAAUAAAGGAGAUGAUGAAACAUGCUUGGGAUAACUACGUCCGCUACGCCUGGGGUAAAAACGAACUGAAGCCGAUCAGCAAACGUGGCCACGGGGCGAGCAUCUUCGGCAACAUGCCCCUGGGGGCGACCAUCCUGGACGGGCUUGACACCCUUUAUAUAAUGGGCAUGAAGGACGAAUUCAAACAGGCCAGGGACUGGGUCGCCAACGAAUUCGAUCUAGGAGCCAUGACUUCCGAUGUGUCCGUAUUCGAGGUGAACAUCAGAUUCGUGGGUGGAUUGCUGGCUUGUUUCGCGUUGACAGGGGACGUGGUUUUCCGUGACAAAGCCCAGCAAAUCGCCGACAAGCUAUUGCCAGCCUUCGACACUCCUACGGGGAUUCCCAACGCUCUAGUCAACUUCAAGACCGGGUUUAGCAAAAAUUACGGAUGGGCCAGCGGGGGUUCCAGUAUAUUGUCCGAAUUCGGUACCCUCCAUCUCGAAAUGGCCUAUUUGAGUGACGUUACCGGUAAGUCUGUCUAUCGGAACAAGGUAGACCACAUCAGAAAAAUUCUGCGUGAAAUGGACAAGCCCAAUGGUCUGUACCCCAACUAUCUGAAUCCGAAAACCGGCAAAUGGGGACAGCACCAUAUGUCUAUGGGCGCUCUGGGUGACAGUUUUUACGAAUACCUGCUAAAAGCCUGGUUGCAGACCAACAAGGAAGACAAUGAGGCUCGUCAGAUGUUCGAUGACGCCAUGCAAGCGGUGUUCCUUCAUAUGUUGCGCACUUCACCUAGCGGAUUGAUGUAUUUCGCUGAACUUAAAUUCGACAGGCCUGAACACAAGAUGGACCAUCUUAGCUGCUUCUCGGGUGGUCUUCUUGGUUUGGCUGCCAAGACUCUAAAAAAUGAACUGUCUCCAAAAUACAUGGAGGUGGCAGAGCAGAUCUCGAAAACUUGCCAUGAAUCUUACGAUCGAUCGUACACCAAGCUGGGACCUGAAGCCUUUAGAUUUACAGAAGGGGCAGAAGCCAGAGCCUUGAAGAGCUCAGAGAAGUACUACAUUCUAAGGCCAGAAGUGAUAGAGUCCUACUUCAUCAUGUACCGCAUCACCAAGGACCCCAAGUAUAGGGAAUGGGGAUGGGAAGCUGUCCAGGCUCUAGAAAAAUACUGUAGGGUACCUGGUGGAUAUACUGGACUGAAAAAUGUUUAUUCUGAAGACCCGCAGCAAGACGAUGUUCAACAGAGUUUCUUCCUGGCUGAAACAUUAAAAUAUUUGUACCUCCUCUUCUCCGACGACAGCCUGAUCUCCCUGGACGAGUGGGUGUUCAAUACCGAGGCACACCCGCUACCCAUCAAAGGCGUUAACCCCUACUACAGGGAAUCCAUACCGUAAUGGAUUUAAGGUCCUUCUCUCCUAGAUCAUUUCAAGCGACUGAUAGACAUGGUUAUUUUAAAAUUAUUUAUUAAAAUAGAAAUAAUAUAUAAACCUAGAAGUGAUUGAGGAUUCUAUAGUGACAAGAGACGUUGUGCGUAUGUGUUUGUGUGUAUCUGUAUGUGGAUUCUGUGAUCUUAAAAACUCCAAACCGAGAAGUGUUUACAUAGAUAUUAUAAAAGAAACGGCUUACACAUUUUGUGGCUUAAUCAUUAUUUUUGUACCUUAGUUUUACAAAAAAAAAAAGUAUUUCUAGGUUCCAAACACGAUCUGUUUCCUUUUAGAUUAAGUUCAAACUAAAAGAAACAACAAAUAAUUCAACAAACCAAUAUCUAAUUGGAUAAUUCUUACCUUAGUUUUCGUAUUUUUAUUUAUUAAAAUAAUAUAGACCAGGUAUCUUUAAACAUGAGACAUCUAAUUUUAAACUCGAGUCAUCAUACUUGACUCCGAUUUAAAUCCGUAUUGAGAAAUUUCUUAUAAGUAACAAUUUAAGAAAAAUUGAGAAACGUUUAAACGCAGAUAACUAAUUGACUUUUGUCACAACUUUAUGGUUCUCAAUUUUUAAAAAUCACAGCUUUUCGUUUUAAGAACCAUCUCCAAAUAUGAAACACCUAGUUUCAAACUCCAGUUUCAAUUUUAAAUUUGAGUCAUGUAAUUUUAAACUCGUCAUCAAACUUGACUCAGACUUAAAAUCGUAUUGAGAAAUUUCUUAUAAGUAACCAUUUAAAAAAAAUGAGAAAUGCUUUAAACACAGAUAACUAAUUGACUUUUGGUUCAAGCUUAUUAUUCUCAAUUAUUAAAAAUCGCAACUAUUUGUUUUAAGAACCGUCCCCAAAUAUGAGAUACCUAGUUUCAAAGUCCAGUUUCAAUUUUAAAUUUGAGUCACGUAAUUUUAAACUCUUCAUCAAACUUGACUCACAUUUAAAUCCAUUUGAGAAAUUUUUUAUAACCAUUUAAAAAAAAUUGAGAAAUUAUUUAAACGCAGAGAACUAAUUGCCUUUUUUUUCAACCUUAUGGUUCUCAAUUUUUUAAAAUCAACUAUUUGUUUUAUAAACCGUCCCCAAAUAUGCGAUACCUAGUUUCAAACUCCAGUUUCAAUUUUAAAUUUGAGUCAUGUAAUUUUAAACUCAAGUCAUCAAACUUGACUCGCAUUUAAAACCGUAUCGAAAAAUUUCUUAUAAGUAACCAGUUAAAAAAAAUCGAGAAAUGAUUUAAAUACAAAGAACUAAUUCACUAUUUUAUUUCAACCUUGUUUCUCAAUUUUUAAAAAUCACAACUUUUUGUUUUUAGAACCGUCCCCAAAUAUGAGACACCUAGUUUCAAACUCCAGUUUCCCAAAUAUGAGACAUUCAUUCUUAUGCUCCAGUUGUCUAAUUUUAAAUUCGAGUCAUUUAGUUUUAAACUUGAAAUCAUAUUUGACUCAGAUUUAAACUCGAAUUUCUUAGGUCUAAAUUCAAUUGAAAAAAUAUAUUGAAUACAGAAAGCUGAUGAAUAUUUUUUUUACAUUUCAUUCUUUCUAUAUUCUUGUAUAUAAUAAUGUCUUUUCCCUUUCUUGUUUUAUAAAAUAAAAACAGUUUGAAAAAUCUUUUAAACAUGUAGUUUUAAAUGCAAGUCAUCAAAUUUGACAAUUUUAAACUCAAUUUGAAUAAUUUUUUAUAUGUUUCACUCAACUAAAAAAAAUUGAGAAGUGUGUUGACUAUUUUUUUUAGAUUCUGGUUUUUUGCGAGUAGUUUGAACUAAGAAUCUUUAAUCAUAAGUCAUAUUGUUCUUAAAGUCCAGUUAAGUAAUUUUGAAUUUGAGUCAUGCAAUAUUAAACUUGUGUCACUAAACUUGACUCAAAUUUAAAUUCAUACUGAAUCAUUUCUUUUAAGCUUAAUUGAUAUGAACAAUUUGUAAAAUGUUGGUUUAAAUAUAAAAAACUAAUUGACUAAGUGUAAAUAAAAGACAUGGAAACCUACUUUCUAAGAUGCCAAAAAUUUUAAAAAUAAUUGUUAAGCGACAAACUGUGCCACAAACUAGAGCAAUUCUUUUAAUUUGUAUAUUCUUAUAAAUAGCGAAAUGUUUUUAUAAAACUGUUUUAUGCAGUUCCUAUAAAUUUAUUAUGGGCAGUGGUUAUUACUUAUUAUUAUUAUUAUUAUUAUUUUUUGUAAAUAGUAUUGUUAAUUGUUAGUUUUUUACUAAUUAAUUGAUUAUGUAAAAUGUAUAGAUAUCAAAUUAGAAAAUUAUAUAACUUAAAUGAAAGUGUUCAUAUGCGAUUUUUGUAUUAUGUGAAUACUUUUUUUUAAUAAAUCGAAACUGUAUAUUUAAAGUCAGGUGUAUUUGAAAUGUAGUGCUCAAACUCUUUAUGGACUGCAGCAGAUUUUUUUUUACAUGAAUCAUGAUCAAAAGCUAGUGUUUUUUUGUGUAUUGUACAUAUAGAGACUUUAUGCAUUUUAGUACAGUAUUUCCUUCAUUGAAUAGUUCAUUAUAUUUUUUUCUAAAAAGUGAAUUAGUCACAACAGUUUAAAUUGUACCUGGUGACUAAGAAAUGAAAUCAAUAAAUGUGUUUUAAUAA